GGUUCCACCACAUUACAUUAUUUCUUUCUCUUCUCCGUUUAAACCAUUUUCUCCGGUGAACUGGCCAAUUACAAAAAAAAUCUGAGAAUCAAACUAUGGCCGUAUUUCCCGCCGCGAUUUCUAUUCUCCUUCUCGUCCUCUCUGUAUCCUCUCCUUUCGUUCAUGGAAAGUCGGCACCAACCACCGAUUGCUCCGCCGUGAUACUGAACAUGGCGAAAUGUUUGUCUUUCGUUACGAUCGGGAGCCAAGUGGAGAAACCGGACAUCGAGUGCUGCUCUGGUCUGAAGACGGUGCUCGACUCGAACGCCGAAUGUCUAUGUGAAGGGCUAAAGAACAGUGCCUCCUUUGGAGUCAAACUGAACGUCACUAAAGCCUCUACUCUUCCUGCCGCUUGCAAUCUCACCGCUCCUCCGGUGACUGCUUGUGGAUUGUCUACUAAUCAUCCUGCUAGUGCGCCAGCUCCAGUUCCUGCUACUGGAACACAACCAGGAACACAAUCAGGUUCAGGACCAGCUUCUGCUCCAGCUCCAAGCCCAUCUCAAGGGAACCAUGGGCCUUCAAUGAUCCCAAUAUCUAGCUUGUCAUUUGUAAUCAGCGGUGCAUUGGUCAUAUUGUUCUCUUUUAUCUAAAAGUCGAAGUCCUUUUACUUUUUAGUUUACCAUGAAGUUCUCUUUCUAAGACCUUAGCUUAUUUUUUAGUUAUAAUUAUAUCAUUAAGGCAUGAUUUCAAUGCGUGCUUUUUAAACUCACAUUGGUCGUAUUUAUUAUUUG